AAGUGUAUAUAAAAUUGUAUACCAUCGAUAUAAAACAACCUGCGUUUGCAGACCCGUACAUCUUUUGUUCAGCCAUCUUGCCGGUGACACUCGCACAGUUCGGAGAUCUUAUUGCUAAUAGUAAACAUAAUAAAAAAUGCAGUUCAUCGCGUAUAUAGUGGUAUUGCUUGGACUAGCUAGUGCCAGGAAACUACCAUCAUAUAUUCAAGUAUGCCGCAGGGAUGAUUCGACAGUAGGCGACUGUGUGCUGAAGAAUCUUGAAGUGAUACGACCAAAGCUUGCUCAGGGAAUUCCUGAAAUGAGCAUCCCGUCACUGAAUCCGUUGGAAAUUCCUGCAGCUACCCUCGACAGUGGUGGUAGUUUCAAGGCUGACUUCAAGAACAUCAGAGUAUAUGGGGGCGAUAAGUUCGUGGUAAAGAAAUUCGACCUCACUGUCAAAGACAAAUUCCACUUCGAUCUGGACUUGUAUUUGAACGACCUGAGGAUAAUCUGCGAUUACAAGAUUGACGGAAACAUCCUGGUUCUAAGGCUCAACGGUCAUGGACUUAUGACCGCUAAUAUGACUGACAUAGUCGUCCACGUUUCCACCGACGGAAAAAUGUAUGACAAGAACGGCAAACAACAUGUAAGCUUUACCAACUCCCAAGUGGAUAACUUGGUGAUCAAAAAGGCGCGCUUCCAGCUAGACAACAUUUUCGGAGACAACGAACAGCUGAACGUGCAGACCAACCAGGUGCUGAACGACAGCUCGGAAGAGUUGAUUAAAGAACUGACACCUGUCAUCACCUCUGUCACCAGGGAUAUAGUCUUCGGUAUCGCCGAGAAAACGCUGCAGAGGUAUACCUUUGAUGAACUGUUCCCGCAGUAAAUGAAACCUUUGUGCAAGUAUUCAUUUCGUGAUUGUUGCUAGGCUAUACAUUUUUUCAGGAAUUGUUGAUUUUCAAUAUGAGAUAAUGAGAAGCAAACUUAUGUGAGUUAGGUUUAUUGUUUUGUAAUAAAAUUUGUAAAUUGAAUCGAA